AGCAGCAAUAGCAAAGAGCAGACCCGACCACUUUCUUCAGUUCUUUCUACCCCCCAAAUUUCACUAUUCCCAAAUCCCCAAAAUUGCCUUUUUAAAUUCUCGAAUUGCCAAGUAAACCUCAGUGUCUCAUCUAACCCUAACGCUAACAGGCGCGACCCUCCCUGCAUUUAAGCUUCAACCCACGCGGCGGCGCCACCCAUGACCCGGUUCGUACCUUUGCCCUCUUGUUUUUCUGAAUUCGAAACUUACCGGUUCCUCCAAUUCCACCAUUGCCUUUGGGUUUUACAGUGAAGAAAAUGCCUCAAUAGCCUUCCCAGAGGCCGAGGAGACCGCCGCAUGGAGGCAAAAUUUGCGUUGUGCAGUGAAGAAAGAAGAGAAAAAUGGAGACAUGCAUAGUGACUUGUUGAAUCUGAAAGCGGAUUCAAAGGAAAUUUUCAGAAAAUUCAAUGUUGAAACGGGAAAUUUAAAGGGGUCGGCCGUUUUGUCAAUUAUUUUCGGGGACUGAGUGCUGCUUAUACAUUUUACACAUACAUGGAGAGUACCAUUGUGGUCGUGGAAACUCAGAGUUGCAGUUCUAAUCUUGUCCCCAAGUCUGGGGAAUCACCAAUAAAGAUUGACUCAAUAUCUAUAGAUCUCGUCAACGCUAAUGAUGACAUUGAUGCUGGGCAGUGUGAGCAUUUUUCCAUUCGUGGAUACGCUUCUGAGAUGCGCCACAAAAACUGGAGGAAAUGCUGGCCAUUUGCAUUAGGUAGUGACCUGAGUAUAUCUGAAGAACAAGACUGUAAGCUUCCUCCUUUAUUCGUCCCGAAGUUCAGAUGGUGGUGCUGCCAAAACUGUCUGCAUGAAAUCGGGGCUGAUGGCAAUGUAAUUGAAGAAAGAACUUUUGCUAAUAAUGGUAGCAAAUUGAAAAACUUUGGCUCUUGUCCUCACCUGUCGUCAUCCAAUGGUGGUGCUACAAUUCGGUUAUCAGAUUUGCAGCAGCCCGUAAAGAUUGAUGUUGUAUCGGGAAAAUCUGAUGUUAGUGCUCGUGUGAAUGUCAAUAGCAGUGAUAAAAGUGAGAAAGCAGCUAAAAUUGCUAAUAUACCAAUCAUAGGGAAAACAGAUCUCUUAGAAAAUGACAUUAGCAAAGAAACCCAUAUUUCACAAUAUGAUGGAAUAGAUGUUAUUUCUAGUCUUAUGAAGCGGACAUUUCAUAUAGGUAAUAAAGUGGCUUCUCUGCAAUUUGAUAAACCCAGUAUAAAGGAUAAUGAAAUUGCUGGCGAUACUGUUCCUGUGUCCAACCCCAGUUGCACUGUCAAGGAUGCCACUGAAACACAUAAAGCAGAAAAUCAUGCUUCUACUUUUGUUCAGCCGAUGGAGUUAGUGAAAACUCGUGGUCCCUUUGGAGUAGUCAAUAUGGUUAAUGGGGUUAGUACAGUUGAAUACCCUUCAUUGGAAUUAGAUGGUUGUGAUUAUGCAUCAUCUGAAAGUGCUGAGAUAUUGCUUGGAAGUUCAUCUGGAAGAAGAAAGACCCGCAAGGUGCGGCUGCUGACAGAAUUGUUGGGUAAAAAUGAAGAUGAAAAAAAUGAUCUUGCAAGUUCAGAAGAUUCUCCUUCCACUGCCAUUCCUGAUGCACCUAUGGGCAUAGAUUCAGUAUCUGCUCCCCAUGAUCAUGUCAGUUUCCAAGGAAAUGUUGUUAGCAAUUUGUCUCUUAGCAGGAAAAGGAAGUUGCCACAAGAUGAAGAACGGAGGCUUGGGGAAAUGAGCUCUGCAAAUAGUGGGAAUAAAAAUCUUAGGAAAUUCAACAGAAGUGCAGAAACUACUGAUGAAAUUCCAAUUCCUGAUUCAGAUGGUACAGUUAAUGGAAGUAUCUCACGAACUGGUGCAAAGAGCCAUUUAGUUAGCCUUAAGGUGGAUAAAAGUCCUGCAGCAAAGAUGAAAAACAAAAAGACCCAAAAUUUUGAUGAAUAUUUGUCUGUUGGUCUGUCUCGAGAAAAACUGCAGAAGGAGAGACAGAAAAAGGCUGGGGAUACCACUAAGAGCGGUGCCACUGGCAUUGUUCCGUACAAGUCAAAUGAUGCAUCUAAAGACAGUGAGUUGGAUCCCUUUUCUGAGUCUGCCCAAAAGACGGAGAAAAAAUCUAAUUUAUUGAAGAAAAAGAGUAAGAUCCAUCAAAAUCUUGAUGGACAUGCUUUUUCUAUUCCUUGGAACAAUGACUUGCUUAGAGAAGGUCUGAUAUCAAGGAAAGAUGUAGAAAUACAACAAACUGGGUCUGUUUAUGUAGCCCAGGAUGCAUCAGCUGAAAGAGGAAUGCAAUUUUCACUUAAUAAUUUCUUGCCUGGCAAAACAUAUGAUGGAAAAUAUAUUACUCCAAUCAGAGAUGGGUUACCACCUCUAUUGCCUUGGCAAGGGCGUGUUCACACUGAAUAUGAGAUUGGGAGGAAAGAUUUAAAGAUGAAUUCUGAUGGGAACUCUGGUUUUCCUUUUAAAUCUGAACUGGAUGCCUAUCUUUGGAAGAGAAUGCAUGCUGACCUCAACAGUAACCGAACUAUACACAGAAUACCAUUCUUGAACGAGGAGCAAAAGCACCACUCUUGUGCUGAAGUUGGGAGCUGUUCUUUGGUUCAGCAAGUGGAUUUCAGUGGUAAAAGCAAUAACGGGAAAUCUGUGGAGCUUCUGGACCACUCAGCAAUUGCUAGGAAGAAUUAUGGUCAACGAGCUGAAAGGGCAUCUGGGCAAGGAGCUUCAGAUUACAUACCCAUGGAGAUUGUUGAACUCAUGGCCAAGAAUCAAUAUGAGAGGUGUCUUCUAGAUAGAGAAAUUGAUAAACAGACAUUGGAAACAACCAAUGACACCAGAAGUCAUCAGAUCAGGGUGGAUCUCAAUAAAGUAUAUGGAAGUGAAGAGAUGAGCCUGCUUCGUGAGGCCACUGAAAAACCUAAACCGCGGGCUAAAAACAGAAGAAUUGGCAAAAUUGCAAGAGAUGAUAUGCAAAAAUCAGUUGAUAUUUUCUCCAAUCUGGAUCAGAAUCAGUACAAUAUGAGCCAAUUGGAACAAAAUUUUUCCGCUGCCAGCUUUAAGCCUUUUCCUCUAUGUAGAGAGAAGCCAUUGAAUGGAGCCCAAAUUUCUGCUGCCAAUUCCAGCAGGCAAAACAGUGCUCAAAAUUGGCAGUGGAUUGGGAACAUGGUUGGGCAGAGGUCCCCUCCAGCCAGUCUGCAGGCAUUGGGAGUUUGUAACUCAUGUCAGAGUGCUCCGCAACAGAAUAAAGAAGCUGUUCAUUUAUGGCCGUCAACCAUACCAAAAAACAUGCCCCAUCUAUUUGGGAUUCCUCAGAGGUGUAGAGAUCAGGUGGCCGAUGUUGAUGUUCUUUCACAUUGCCAUAGAAAUCUGCCUAAGAGAAAUGCGAGUGGAAAUGAAAAUCGGAAUUUCUUAAACCAGGCUUCAAAUUUUGAAAAGCAUGCUAGGAAGUUUGAUUCGGAAGUCGUUAGGGCACAUGCAGAUUACCCAUUUACUUGCAAACAUAACGGGAUGGGGUCAAUCAAUCUGUAUUCUAAUGAAACCAUACCUGCCAUGCAUUUACUCAGCCUAAUGGAUGCAGGGUUACAGUCAGGUGUGCCGGUUGAUGUGGAUGGGAACCAAAGAUUUGUUAAGAAAACUUCCUCUCAUGGUCAUCAGCACUCUAAAGUGUCUUCGAGCCUGCCUUCUCGGGGAGAUAGGACCUAUUCAAUGAAACAUCCAACCUAUGAUUGUUAUGGAAAAAUACAUCUACCUGAGAGUUUCUGUGAAUGUACGUCAGCUACACCUUCAGCCAGUCCUACAUCAUUUCAGGAUGAUAAAAGUUUCAAGAAGGCAAGCGAUUUUACGGCUCAAUUAUCACUGAAGUCUAGAGAGAGAGAGAAGAAGAAGUGCUCAGAUUCACAAAGGCAGAAUAAAAAUUGCAGAUCACAAAAAAAUGUAUCUUCAAGUAGUGGCUUAAAUACAACUUGUGGAAUGUGUACUGUUCAUAGUAUGCCAAAAAUGGUGCUUGGCACAUCUGAUUUUAUGAUGUUUCGGACACAGCUUCAAGCAUUAGUGAGUGCAAACAAACAGAAGCAGGAGGCUCGAACAAUGAGUGGUACUCUUUUCCAUCCAAAAGGCGGUUCGGAGAAUGAAAUCUGCUCCAUUAAUAGAAACCCUGCUGAUUUUACCGCUCCUAGAGCAGGAAAUAUAUACAUGAUUAGAGGUGAGGACCUGAAAUUUAGAAGGAGAACUACCUCAUCUGGGAUGGUAAAAUUUACUGGGCGCAAGCGUCAGAAGAAGCCUACCGUUAGAGAAGAGCAGUCAUGUCAUCGAACUUCAUGAGACAGUGAUGAUUGCAUAAGCUGAUAGCACCACAGAACCGCAUUUGUCUUCAUUUUCUGUUCAUAUGUAUUAAUUCCGUCCGUUGGGGAACUUGCAUUCUUUCAAUCAGCAUUCAACUUGUGUAAUUUUCGGCAGGCAAAAUCCCAUGCACCUUGAUGCCUUGGUUAAGAAAAGCUUAAAUGCUUUAUGAAGCUUCAAGACAUAAAACCGGUAAUAUUUCACAACACAAAGUUGCUAUUUUUUAUUGCUCUA